AUGCGACGAGCUAACGAGCAGCUGAGGAAAGAAAACGCGCAGCUUAAGCAAGAAAUGAGCACGCUAACUGCGGAGAUUGCGGAGAUUAGAAAGCUCGCGUCCUCGCCACCUUCGGCGCAGCCCGCCCCAGACCCGGUCGCCAUGGAUACGUCUGAGGCACUUCACAGGACGAAAACAUUUAAGGUGGUCGACUGGGGAGUUUUCCGCAAAGUCAGAGCUGAAAAAGCACCGACGGCUGGGGCAGACUCUGAAGGCUGGUACAAAGAAAUCAGAGAUGACGCCACGGCAGCGACCAAGGAGGUCGUCACUGACCUCUAUGUUGAAAACAUGGACAGCAGGAUGGCCCACCUACUAGAAGCCAAGCAAGCCCUGCUCACGAGGUGGAAGAGACAGAUGCAUAACAGGAGGCUCCACAAGAAGGUUUCUGAGGCCUCCCAACCUCGGCCAGGGGGCGCUGCGCCGCACGCAUUUGGCUACCUGGACGAGCCAGCUUUCACGAGUUUGGCUGACGCGGAGAAGGCGAGCUUCGUGUGCAGGCUGCGCGAGGCACUGAAGGCGGCAAUGCGGCGCAUGGAGGGUAGCAUUGAGGGGCUGCAGGGGGAGCUGAGGGUGGAACGGGAGCAGAUGAUGGAACUUCAAAAACAGCUCGAAGCGUCGCGUGAGCUGGAGGAGGCUACCGCCAGCCUAUUAGAGCAAAUGAAAGGCGGCCUUAAAAAAGAGCUGGAAAGACGAACCGAGCUCGAGCAGCGGGCUCCGCGAACAUACAGCUCUGUGGCGCGGCAGCCCACGAGCAGGGCAGAAACACAGGACACAUGGCAGAGAGAGAAACAAGUGAAUCAAACAGGGGCUCCAUCGCAAACAGAAAGCCAGCAAUUGGAGCGUAGAAGGGUCCUAGUGGUGGGGUACUAUAACUUGGCCAGGGUUAGGUAUGGCGUCUCCAUGACAGUGAAGGGAGAUGGGAGAGUGAGGGUGGAGGCCCAGUCAGGGAAGUGCAUGGUGAAUGCACUAGCCAAAGCUCAGGAGGUUGUAGAUGACAACAUUCGGGAAAAUCUCAUCAUUAUUCAUGCUGGCCUUAAUGAUGUGCUCAAAGGAAAGACUCAGAACCUUCAAAGACAGUUAGAGGGUGGGAUGCGUAAACUCGGAGAUGCCUCUGAGAGUGUGCAUGUGACCAUAUGCUCAGUUCAAGAGGUCUGGGGGCAGUCUCGUGAGAUUGAAAGGAGGGCAGUGGAGGCCAACUGUAUGAUCAAGAGUAUGAGCGGGCAGCUUGGAUACAGCGUAGUGGAGGUGAACCAAGACGUGUACGAGCCCGGCGCUAGCUCCUUUGCACAAGAUGACAUUCAUUACAGUGGUGCGCCGGGCAGGAGGGUUGGCAGUACAAUAGGUCCUCAAGCCACGGCUUUUUUAGGGGGAUCCAGAGCCCUGAAGCCAACAGGAAUACCAAUAUUCAAGCCACGGGGGGUGUGGUGGCAAGCCGCUUGUCUAGCUGAGGAGCGGCUUGUAAACCCUAGCAACACGUAUGCAGAGUGCUAG